GCCUCUUGAGCGAUGGUCACUAUCACCAUACUGAUCAUGAAAUGAUUAGAAAACCAACGAAACGAGGUAUACACGUGGCUCAGACAUACCGAUCCUUCCUCCAUCCACUACCGAGCUUGUGAAAAUCACGAGCCUGGAACAUGCGAAUGGAUGUCACGUACUCCAGAGUGGGCUCAGUUCAGUCAAGGGAAUAUACGAUGCCUGUGGAUUCACGGGAUCCCCGGAGCCGGCAAAACCAUCUUGGCUUCACAACUCGCUGGAAAAAUCGAAAAUACUUGUCGAGAGUCUACUUCAAGUGGCUCUGUGUCGAUUGGAAUUCACUACUACUGCUACUUCGGACACAAUCAGGAGAGGCAGCCCCAUUUCUACGAUGGAUCCUUGAGCGUAUGUGUAGAAAGGCGGAUCAGGUCUCUGAUCACCUUUGGAGAAUGUUUAAGGAUGACAGGAUUCCCAGCCUCAGCGACCUGCUCACUGCUCUCGAAACUGCCUCGCGCUACUUUAGUAGUGUUUGCAUCACAAUUGAUGCCAUCGAUGAAAGCAACCCCCGGAGAGAGCUUCUCAAGGUCCUACGAGAUCUUGCCACCGACUUCAGAUUCUCAAACAUUCGUCUUCUAGUAACGAGUCGUGAAUAUAUGGAUAUCGAAAAAGUCAUGGAAGAGAUUUCAACAGAGGUUUCCAUACGAAACGCCUAUCUCGAUGCAGAUUUUCGACAAUAUACUGAAUCUCGACUCGCCACCAACGACAAGUUAAAAGACUGGACAGAGGAUUUGCGCAAUGAGGCUCUGGAAGCGAUAUCUUGUGGCGCAAAAGGAAUGUUUCGAUGGGUUGUGUGCCAACUGGACGCCUUACGCCGCCUAAAUGGGAAUAAAGCGGCCAUCAGGAAUGAGUUGAAGAAUCUUCCAAAAACACUCAACGAAACAUAUGACAGAAUUUUCGAUAUCAUACCUGAAGAAGACCGGCAAGUUGUUGCCUCAGCCCUUGAUUGGAUCUGCUUCCACUACAAACUCUUUAGAGGUCCGUCGAUCCAUGUCGGUUGCAAAUUACUACUUGAGGCCAUUAAAGGAGAUCUCAAUCGGCAAAACCUGAGUAUACGCGAUUACCGCUAUGAUGUCGAAUUUUUUCGCGAAUCAUGCGGUUGUCUCAUCACGGUCACGUUAGACGGCGAUAAUAUCUUUGAUGGACAUGAGAAAUUCGUAGUCUCGUUUUCGCACUACACAGUCAUGGAAUAUUUGGCUAUCUCGACUCGUUUUAGUGCGGAAUCUUCUUUUUACCUCGACAAGCUUACAGCCAUAGGUGGACGAACGAGUGUUAUUUUCUCGGAAGCAUUUCAGUAUGACGUGGCUAGCGAGACCAGCACUCCUGAAAGCGACCGAUUUUCUCCGGGCAUCACAUGGCAGUGGGAUUUUGGGACGUAUUGCAGCUUCGCAGCCCUGAAAAUGAUGGUCGAAUAUGAAGAGGUCAUCCUACAGAAUGAGGAACUUGCUACCAUGGUUACAACUCCGCACCACUCAAGAACUCAUCCUCUGGAUACGAUUCGUCGUUUAUAUUUAUUGGACAACGGAGUAUACAACGUGGAAGCGCUCAUCGAGAGAUUGGGGCUUGCCGCAAUCGAAUGGUGCCUGGAUAUUGCAAUCGAAUUUCAUGUACCGUUGUCCCCCCAGACUUGGCAUUCUGGUCGACCUGGUUUACAUGGAAGCUUCCAAACUCGCUGAGUUGGUGCUACAUAGAGAAGGUCGUGCAGAGAACCUUCUACAGACCCCAGUACACCUGGGUUACGACGUUGUUGGAGAUACCACUUCGACAUUGUUUCAUCUCCCACUUAUCAGUUACAUUGCCGCCGUUUGUUCGUAUCGGAUGUCUCAAACAUGGCACCACCUCCUAGAAAAUUUGGCGAGAAGCUAUCAACUUUCGCCAUCUUCUUCUACAGUCUA